GCGUUUGAUAGAGGCAGCCGCGUAGUGUUGCCGCGGAUUCGCAACGAUAUCCCCGACUGGGAAAAUGGAUUUCGGAAGCUAUCGAGAUUCCGAUGAGCUGUUCGAGAAGAAAAAAUCGGUGGACUGGUUGAGCUGGUGUUGCCUCAGCCCCUUCACCAAGUACGUCCUUCCGAUCUUCCUGACGUGCGUCGUCCUCGUGCUCGGCGUCUACUUCGGACUGCUCGCUUGGCUGUCCAGUGACCUGGACGAUUUCGGGAGCCAUUCGACCUGCCACCUGCAGCCGAUUUAUUACGUUCCAUGUCUGUCCAAAACAAGCGAACUCGACGAGGGCAAGUGUCUCGAAGUCGGCUGCUGCUGGCGACGGGACACCGGGAUGUGCUAUCAUCCCUUUCCCUCGCCCUACGGCUACAUAGUCGACGGACAGUCCGGAGAUGACAAAGUCAUCAGGUCGACGCGAGAGCGAAGCCCAAGCGGCGGAGAGAUUCGUCAAAGACUCGUGUUUCAUGUGGAGGAAGUUAGCGACCGCCAUGUGCGAAUUGCUUUGAAGACAAACGCUGACAAAUUCCAGAGCAAGGCGAGGAAGUCCAGAGCCGCGAGUGGAAGACUCGUUGAUUUCGGCGGCUUCUUUGAUUUCCUGCCCGGUGACGGGACAGCGACGGUCGAGAAGCUCGCGUUGGACGGAAAGUCCUCCAUCGAGGUCUUAAUGCACGAGCCGAACUUCUCCGUCAGUCUGAGGCGCAGCCCCGACGAAAGCUCGCCUGCGAAAGGCACACUGCUCCUGAGCACUGCUCGCGGCCCGCUUAUCGUCACCGACCACUACUGGGAAUGGACGCUGUACAUGACUAGCGGCUCCGGCACUAUUUACGGCCUCGACAGUCUCGAGCUUAAUGGCACCACUAAUUGGAUCUACAACAAUGAAAACGCGACGGUUAAACCAGCUUUCGUGGCGAUAGAUAAUCGAGGCAACGCCAUGGCCUGUUUGGUCGACUUUGCCGGGCCCCUCGAGGUUCAGGUGCUGAACGAGUCCAACUUGGUGAUCCUCCGCGGCUUUUCCGUCCCGGACGAGAUCGCCAUCGAGGUGUUUUCCGGACCCAGCGGCACCGAGGCUUCUCAGCAGAUAGCUCUCGCCACUCGUUCCGCAAGCUCACGCCUCCUGCAGUCUUCUCUCUACGGUCUUCACCUCUGUCCGGAGGUGGGAAGGAACAAGAAGCUCACCCCGGCCCAGGAAGGACUCGACAGUCUCAAAUCGUCGAUCGACUCGAUGAAGAAGCUGCAAGCUCCCUGGGACUCGCACUGCUUGUACCGCAAGCUCGGUGGCUUGGGCUUGCAGCAAGCCAAGCUCUCGGAGGCUGAGAAAAAAAUCAUCGACGAAGCGAAGAGCAUUUUGGGGACGGCUGGGAAAAGUCUCGUCUCGCACUUGACGCCGAUGCUCCUCAACAAACCAGGCGACGAGCUGCAGUCGGCCCUCUCAAAAGAAUCCUGUCUGCUGCUCAACGGGAGUAGCGUCUACGCGGGAUCAUACGAGAGCCACCCGGUCGUCUAUCCGAAUUGGGCAAGCUCGAGAGCCAGAGAGUUAGCAGGCAAAAGCCUCGACGCAUACUUAAGCGAGCUUUCGCCGGAUUUUAUCGUCUUGAGGGACGACUGGCCCAAGGACGAGACGGAAAGGCCGAGGAUCGAAGAGACCCAGUUGGACUAUUUGCCUGAGGGCUUGCGGUCGCUGAUGUCGAGGCGCACACUACCCUACGAUCUAGUGGAGAACGACGGGAAGCAUUACACUCACCACAACUCGUACGCCCGAAGCUUCGUCGACUUUAUUGCUUCCAAGUCGCCCUUUAUGGAGAUAAGGGGAGAAAGCUGCAACGUGGAAAAGGUCAAGGCAAGUUGGGAUUCGUUGAGGAGAGUACUGCAGGCAGGAAUAGCAGCCUCCAUGAUGGGUUACGUCCCAACGGCGAUGUACGUCUGCGGAGCCGAGGAUCCAUACGACAGGAUCGACGAGGAGCUGUGCGACAGAUGGUACGGCGCAGCUGUGUCCUGGCCCUGGAUUCUCAGCCUCCCGGAAAAGUCACCUGGCUCUUCUCGCCUCACCAGUACCACCUCGAGACGCAUAGCCGAGCUUCUUCGUCUUCGAUCUUCUCUUUCCACCUAUCACCACACUGUCCUGGCUUCUUAUCAGCGAACAGGUUUUCCAAUUCUGUCGACCAGUCGAUUGCACUACCCCGACGAGAUCCAGCUGCGAAACGUGACUCUCGGCCAGUUCUUCUGGGGCGACAGCCUCUUAGUCGGCCUGGUGACCCAGCCGAAGCGAAAGCAAGUGCACAUGUGGCUUCCGGGCAGGUAUCAAUGGCGUCACCUUCGCGGCGGUUCAGCAAUCGAUCCCACGUGGAACGGAAGCAGCAUCUCCGUGCCCGUCUUUGACGGACAAAUCGUCACUCUGCUGCGGCCAGGUCGAAUCAUUUCGCUUCACGAGAUAGACCCUGCGGAUCCUCCGAGCAACAGCGGCGAAGCGAUGCGCAAAAACCUCCAGCUCUCGGCGAACCUGCUCUGUACGGACGAGAAUACGUGUAGCGCCAAGGGUCGUGUUUACUACGGUGACAGUAGCGACGGCGAGUUUCUGCUCGCUCGACUGGACGGCACCUCAAGGCUGACGCUGGAGAACGUGUCGAAAGUGAAGGCAGUGGCGUGUGGAGGUAGCAGUAGUCAGGCGACUAUAAUAGAGAACGUCGAGGUGUUGGGGCAAGGAAGUGCUAGCUUGAAGUUGGACUUUUGCGAGUACGAGUUGGCGGAAGGGGUGGACGAGAUCGUGGGGACGUUGGAUUUCAAAAAGGUGGAGGAGGUGAUAACGUGAAGAUGCGAUGAUUUGUAUUAAUUGUUUUUAUGCAGUUGUAUUCUUGCGACAGUUUGUAUUUUAAUGUAAUAAAAAAAAUUUGUUGUAUA